CUCCAAUGCAAAACUUAGAAUUAACGUAAAAAUAAAUUGCGUGGCAGAACAUCAAACAUCUGCAGCAGCUUACAAGCACUGCGAACCAAGCGCAAAAUAAGAGCGUUUCCGAUUUCGUUUUCUUUGUAUCUAUCCAGUCACAUGGAGCCAGGACAUUGACCGAGACAAUCCAGCUGCUGUUUUUGCGAAGUGGGCGUAGCGUACGUCGAGUGUUGGCGUGAGUGGCGCGAGGUGGGUCUUUUAAAAUUCGCACAGAAAUCGUUCUUGUGUGCCGAUAAUCACAAGAGGAACGGUAAUGGAUACCGACAUAUGGGCUUUUGGAUACGCGAUCGUCGUGGCAUUAGGAGGUGUCAUCGGCUACGUGAAAGCUGGUAGCAUCCCAUCGUUGAUUGCCGGCUUGGUGUUCGGUGGCCUUGCAUUGAUAGGAGCCUACCAGACAUCACAGGAUCCCCACAACUACUACUUAUCCCUCGCUGUGUCUGGAGUGCUGGCUGGUCUGAUGGGCUACAGGUUUGCUAACACGUCAAAGAUCAUGCCAGCAGGACUGAUUGCAGUUCUGAGCAUCGCCAUGUGCUGCAGAAUACUCUGCCGGGCCUUUUCGCCACCUGGUCAUCCACCAGCGCCAGUUGUCAAGCAGUGAUGCCCCCCCCCCCCCCUUUUUUUUUCUUUAAAUGAAAAAUCGAUUCCAUUGAAGGGCUUCACGAUUCUCCACAUUUUUAUAUGAAAUAAACACACUGUCUGAA